CUGACCCCUUCAAGCGCUCCGAAGAAUACCGGAGAAAUUCUCAAAAAUUCAUAUUUUAUAAACACAGGUUAACGAAAGCAAAUGGUUUAAACUGUUACUCUGGUGACUAAUUCAACAUGGGGACUUAUUUUAAAGGACGUCUAAGUUUGUUUCUAAUCAUUGGAGUUGUUUUAAUGUGUCGUGUAACAAUAGCGUGUGCUGCAGUUCCCGAUGAACUUGAAGGUCUUGCGGGUCGUGUCUUAAUGGCUUCAUCAGAAGUCCAGGGAAAUGGUCCCAAUGAAAAGCCAAAAGGUACCGAUUCUGUAUCCUUUGUACAGCCUGUUGAGGAUGAAGUGAAUGGCAUUUUCCAAGGCUCCUUGUCAAAGCAGCCAUCUGCCUCUGGUGGUUCAUGGAGUGUUUCUAGUCUUGAAUUCAUCCAUGCCUUCGUAGCUGCUCUAUCUGUGAUCAUUGUUUCGGAACUUGGCGACAAGACAUUUUUCAUUGCUGCCAUUAUGUCAAUGAGACAUCCAAGGCUUGUUGUAUUCACAGGAGCUAUGCUUGCCCUUGGUUUAAUGACAAUUCUCUCAGCAGUUUUGGGAUAUGCAACAACCGUCAUUCCAAGAAAAUACACACUGUACAUAUCAACAGCACUGUUUGUAUUUUUUGGUCUAAAAAUGUUAAAAGAAGGUUACGAUAUGGAUCCUAAUGAGGGACAGGAGGAGUUAGAAGAAGUACAAGCAGAACUUAAAAAGAAGGAAGCUGAGAUGGAGAAGGAUGACUCAUCUACCAUCACUCAAGAUGUAGAAACUGGUAUAAUAAGAGGAGGGAAAAAGCCUGCAAAGUUUUUUGGUCUUUUUUCACCUAUAUUACUACAGGCAUUCACUCUAACAUUCCUUGCUGAAUGGGGUGACAGGUCUCAACUGGCAACUAUACUCCUGGCAUCAAGAGAGAAUGUAGUUGGUGUGACGAUAGGUGGAACAUUAGGACACGCCCUGUGCACUGGGCUGGCUGUGAUUGGGGGAAGACUAAUUGCUCAAAGAAUAUCUGUCAGAACAGUUACAAUUAUUGGUGGGAUUGUCUUUUUGAUAUUUGCAUUAACAGCAUUUUUUAUUGAAGAGUAAAACAAAAAUGAUUUAACUGAAUUAAACAGAUGGACCUACGGUAUACAAGUAUCAACCCUAUACAUUCACUUUUAUGAAUGAAAAUUAUAUAGAAAUCUGUCACACUUCAUGGACCAGUGUGUGUGACGAGCUGUGAACGUGAUCAUCUUUUGUAAAACUUUGGCAUGUAACCCUUUUACUCCAAAGAACUACAUAUUAAUUCUCCAUCCUGUCUACCAUACCUUUCUAAUAAUUUUUGCUUUGAGAACGUGGUAGCAUCUUGUGAUGGAAAUUUUUCUUUUUUUUGGAUUACCUGUCUGCUUAAAAAUGAAGGAACUUUCUGCAGAGAAAUUAUUUAGUGAUCAAUCUUUGGGAGAAGAAGGGUUAAGACUCGGAGUGCAUGUCUAAGUGAAUAGAUUUAUCCUAAAAAAAAAAAAAAAAAGAAUUAAAAAAAUAUUGUAAUAAUUGUCAUUAGUCCAAGCCAUAAUGCAAUGCUUACUGCAGUAUUGAUGGUAAUAUUGAUAUUAUAGCUAUAAUUAUUAGUAUAUGUCACACAGGCAAAUGGUGCAUUUGCAUACACUGAUUGGCUGGUUCAGAAGUGAUUGGCAUACACUGAUUGGCUGGUUCAGAAGUGAUUGGCAAGUACUGACCCUAAGAACAAUCGUAGAUGGAGGGAGGCAGCACGAUAGAAUUGUGCAUGUACAGUGCCUCUGUCCUCUCAGGAAUACCAAUGAGUCACGGCUAGUCUUUUCAUGAAAUUAUACCAAUAACUUUUUUUUAGUUUUAAAUUGGACAAACACCAUUUUCAUUUUAUCCUCAAGGGAUAUCUAUGAUUAUAUUCAUCUCAUGAUUAAGGGCAGAAUAAGAACAAGCUAGUUUAUACCAAGCUUUAUUCCUACAACUCUGGAAAUUGUAGCCUUGACUUUCAUCGUUAAAAUGAACAUAUCAUUCAUACUAUUUUACAUGCAUGUAUGAAAUCAUGCGAAUGGCAAUAUUAUUUAAAACAAAGUUAAUUAUUACACUAGUCAGUCAGAACAGAUGAGAAGCAUUCUUUAAUAUUUUUUUAGUUACAAUCAUUAAUUUAGGAGUAUUGCGGCAUUAUUUUACACCAAAGAAAACACUUUGGGCAGGUUAUUUACUCAAGGUCUCACCAAAACCAGGGUUUAUGCAAACAGUAGGCUUUAGAGGGUUGACUUAAUUUGAUUUAAAUGUCCUUCCACAGUUAGCUUUUGACCCUUUUGACACUGUUCACUUAAAGGGGAACUGAAGCCUAAAAUUGAUAUAUUGUUUGCAUUCAUUUCUAGUUAGCUUUAGAGGAGUAAGAUAAAGUGUCGAUAUUCAUUUUCAUUCACUUGUUUUUCACGAGAAAAUUCGAUUUGAAGUUGCCUUUUUCCCACUUUUGGGGCUGUAAGACCGUUGACUCAAAAUAGGUCAGCAGCAGUCGUUUAUGAUGUCAGUGGUGGGGAACCAACUUAGAAAAACAACUGUUAUUAUUUCAUUUUCGUAGUUAAUCCCCAUUACAGGUCACGCAACUUGGAAAACUCCAUAACCAAACCAAAUUUCUGUAGAAAGAGUACGGGUUUAUUAUCUUUCUUCCCCACCAGUGACGUAAGAGUGAGCUAAAAUGACCGCUGACAUUGCUUCUCUGAGCCAUUGUACUACGAGGCCAAAAUACCACUUUAAACUAUUUAUCUGAGGCAAAGUUGGGCACAAAGACUGAAAAGAACCCUCGAACAUUGCUAUUUGAACUAUAAGCUGCAGUUUAAAAAAAUGGUUAAUUUUUAGGGUUCAGUUCCCCUUCAAGUCAGUGUUCAGAUAAAAGGUAAGCACAAUUAAGAAUUGUUAAGGAAGUAGUUUUGUCAAACAAAGGCUAACCCUUGUUUAAAAAACUGACCCUUUCAGUUUUCUGUGUGAACUUUUCUUUUUUUGGUAAAUGGUUUGAACCCAGUGGUAAUAGUUCAUAUUGUUUUCCGAUGACCAGUGAAAGAGUAGUAUCGCCUCAAUAUGAACCAUCCUCACUAAUGAUGUAAGUAGAAGUCUUCAUCAUCAAAAAGUCAUGUGCAUGAAAACUGAAAGUAACUUUUAAACAAUGACUAGUUUAAAGUUAAGGCAUGUAUUUUUGUUAUUUUUAACAUAAUCCAGCACAUGGUUCCCCAAAUUCCGUUUAAUAUGGAAUAAAAUAUUUCCCACCAGCAAGAAAGAAAAAAAAAUUAAAUUGCCUUAAAUCUCUCAAUUUGUAAACUGGUGUCUUUCCUCCCAAGCUUAAAAAGUGGAGAGGGCAAACUAAAAGUUGUGUUGUUGGGAUCUGAAUGAUUGAAAACACUUAUCAAAGCUUUGUAGUUGCUGUUGAUGAUUAAACGCAGCACUAAAGUCAACAGUGCACAAGUUGAGUAGA